AUGACGACAAUGUCAGAUCUUUCUGUGGAUUUGGUAGGGGAGAUACUCUCUAGGGUUCCGCUAACAUCUCUGAGCGCAGUGCGAUGUACUUGCAAAUCGUGGAACACUUUAUCUAAGCAUCAGAUUUUUGGUAAAGCAGAAUUAGCAGCGACUAAGCAGUUUUUGGGGUUCACUGUGAUGGAUUAUAAGGUUUGUUCCUUGAGAUUCGAUCUCCAAGGAAUCCGCAACGACGGUGAUGACUUUGUUGAUCACGGUAAAUCCGGUUUAAAAAUAAGGAAUAAAGCGGUUAAGAAAAAUCACGGUAACGGACUUCACCGGAAAACUGGCCGAUGCCACAUUGUCGAAAGAAGUGAACUUAACCAAGUUGAAGUAUAUGACGUCUUUCACUCCGACGGCUUAUUGCUAUGCGUUACCAAGGACCACUGGAGGCUCGUGCAUGUCCACAAUACUCAGAAAUCUAUGAUUUUAACUCCAGUUCAUGGAGGCUGGUUGAGAUCAAUCCCGUCUGCAGAAAGAUUUGGACCGCAUCUUCCUCUGCCGGUUCACUCUUAUGAUGACGUGACUCUAUCUUGUGUCAGACAAGAGCAGCUUGCUUUGUUAUAUGGGAACAACGAGACAGAUGAUUCAUUAGAGAUUUGGAUUACAAAUCAGAUUGAUCCCAAUGCAGUGUCGUGGAGCAUAUUUUUGAAAGUGGAUAUCAAACCGCUUAUUGGUUUUCCAAAAGACUUCGAUCCUGGGAGCUUCUUCAUUGACGAAGAGAAGAAAGUCGUUGUGGUUUACGAUUUGGACGGACAUUUAUAUAGUACCAAGAAGAACUGUGCCUACCAAAGGCUUUACAUCAUUGGAGAAGAUGGAUACUUCACAUCUGUAAAAAUCAAAUGCUCUGACUCACCUGAAUUCUCUGCUUAUGCUCCAAGUUUAGUGACAUACAAACCAACCAACUACGCAAAAUGA